CACACACACCCGGAGAGAGAGAGAGAAACAUGGACAACGACGGCAACGUCUACGAGAACCCCAAGGAGGAGAACAUGUACGAGAUCCCCGAUCCGCCCGAAGCCAAGUACGAGAACCCGGGCGCUGUCUACGAGAGCCCCGGUGACGGGGGCGAGGCGGUCUACAGCGAGGUACAGGUGCACGCCGGCCCGGGGGAGGGCGGGGAGCGCGGGUCGCCCGACUACAUGGACACCAGAGAGGGAGAGGAGGGCGGCAAGAAGGCCGGCGACGGGUCGUCCAGCGACAGCGAUGAGGAGGCCAAGGCCGCGAGGAAGGGCAGCUCGUCCAGCUCGUCCUCAUCGUCGGAGGACGAGGCGGAGAAGGAGGAGGAGGAGAAGGCGGAGGAGAUGGAGGAGGCGAAGGCGGAGGAGGCGAAGGCGGAGGAGGUGAAGGCGGAGGAGGUGGAGGUCCCGGAGGAGGUGAACGGAGACGGCGCGGAGCCCGCCGGGUCUUCCUCCUCGUCCUCCUCCUCGUCCUCCUCCUCCUCCUCCUCCGAGCACGGAGACGACCCGGCCAUCGACGGGGACAGCGACAUGCUGAUGGCCUACACGCUGUCGGAGGGGCAGACGGGCGAGGUCGCCGAGGCCGUGGACUACAGCCUCAAAGCGCCGGACAGCGACGCCGGGGAGGACGUCCCGGACCUGGGCCAGCCCGAAAUCUCCCUCUUCGUGCGGGCGGGCAGCGAUGGAGAGAGCAUUGGGAACUGCCCGUUCUCCCAGAGACUCUUCAUGAUCCUGUGGCUGAAGGGCGUGGUCUUCAACGUCACAACCGUCGACCUCAAGAGGAAACCGGCGGAUUUGCAUAACCUGGCCCCGGGGACACACCCCCCGUUCCUCACCUUCAACGGGGAGGUGAAGACCGACAUCAACAAGAUCGAGGAGUUCCUGGAGGAGUCCCUGGCCCCCCCGAAGUAUCCCAAACUGGCCGCAAAGAACAGGGAGUCCAACUCGGCGGGGAACGACGUCUUCGCCAAGUUCUCGGCCUUCAUCAAGAACACCAAGACAGGAGCCAACGCAGAGAAAGAGAAGGCCCUCGCGAAGGCCUUGAGGAAGCUCGACUCCUACCUGAACAGCCCGCUCCCGGAGGAGAUCAACGCCGACAGCAUGGAGGAGGAGAAGAGCUCCAACCGCAGGUUCCUGGAUGGAGACGAGCUCACGCUGGCGGACUGCAACCUCCUGCCAAAGCUGCACAUAGUGAAGGUCGUGGCGAAAAAGUACCGAAACUACGAGAUCCCGGCGGAGAUGACAGGCGUGUGGCGGUACCUGCAGAACGCCUACGCCCGCGACGAGUUCACCAACACCUGCGCGCUGGACAAGGAGAUCGAGAUGGCCUACAUGGACGUGGCCAAGAGGCUGGCCAAGUGAGCCCGGCCUGCCCGCCAAGCAAGAUUUCUGUUCGUGGAAAAAAAAAAAACUGCGUGCUGAUGCCAUUUUAGCUCCUCCCCAUCCUGACUCGAGACCUACGACACUCAAUGUCCUGGACCUGCUCGAAUCUCUCCAGACGAUCUCUCUCUCUCUCUCUCUCUCUCUCUCUCUGUCUCUCUCUAUACCUCUCACUCUCUCUGUCUCUCUCUCUCCCUCUCUGCUGUCUGAAAUGAACAUUCAGCUGUGAAUGUGUCUUGUAGUUCAGGGCCAGUCGCUGCUCAGUCAUACUAGCUUUCUGAUGCGUGGUGUGACCUGUAAAUUAUUAUUAUUAUUAUUAUUAUUAUUAUUACAUUAAGAUUUUCAUUUUUCAUUUAGAAUCAUCCUCGUUUUUGACUCUAGUAUGACCUGAGUGCUGAGUACGAGGACUUGGCUUCUGAAGACACUCACUUUCGUGUUUGUGAUUUUGAAAAAUACAACUUGUGACACCAGCACUACAAACGGUGCUGUCGACUUUGCGUUGUGAGCAAUUUAAUCAAUCCUGCUUUUGGUUGAAAUUCAUCCAACUCUGAGAAUAUAUAGUCGUACAAGUAGCAGCCGACAUCUAUCUGUUUUUAAAUGGCUUGAGAAAAACAAUCACAACUUGGAGGAACAAUAAAAUGUAUUUGAGACAGUUCAGAGUAGUACAGAACGGUCAAAUGUAAGACUGGGGCGACUCUCAACGGGGAAACAUCGCCACCUGCUGUCAAAUAUAUGGUACAAAUGUAUUCUAUUUUCUUUUCUUUUUCACACGUAAAAAUCUGCCAUGAUUGUAAUGUGUGUUCUGUUUGGCAUUUGGGGAAAACAUUUUUAUCGGUACGAUGCAUCAAAAUGAUACCACAAAAAUAUAUUUUUUAAUUGUCAAAAUA